CGCUCUCCCCACGUAGCUUCCUUCAGUCAAAUCCACAUGUCGCCCCCCUAUUGCUAGAAGCCCGAAACUAUCUCACCGUACGGACCUCACCACACAGACCGCAAAGAGAGCCGCACCCCAUUUCUUAUUCCAAACCAGUUCACACACUCCAACGUAGAAAGUGUACUGUAAAGUGUAAACCCAUCCUCCUCACUUGCUUUGUUUCCAACAUCUACUGCGAAUUCCGAUCGAAUUCCGAGUUUUCGGUUUCGUGGACGAUGGUGAAGAAAUCGGCCGAGAAUGGGUCGGAUUCGGUGGCGCCGUUUCUGAAGAAAUGCUACGAGAUGGUAGACGACGAGGCCACGGACUCGAUCAUAUCAUGGAGUCAGACGGGUGGGAGCUUUGUCAUCUGGGACACGACAGAGUUAUCGGUCCAAUUGCUUCCGAAGUACUUCAAGCAUAGCAAUUUCUCAAGUUUCAUGAGGCAACUCAACAUCUAUGGUUUUAGAAAAAUUGAUGCAGACCGCUGGGAAUUUGCAAAUGAUGGAUUUGUCCGAGGGCAAGAACAUUUGUUGAAGAAUAUCUGUAGAAGGAAAAAGUCACAGCAGCCUGAAAACUCUGAUGAACCAGGAGAAAAGAUUGAAAACUUAGAUCUGUGGAAGGAAAUUGAGAACUUAAAGACAGAUAAAAAUGCUCUUACGCAGGAGUUGGUCAAUCUUAGGCAGCACCAGGAAAUUUCAGAUAAUAAGUUGCUCCUCUUGAGAGACCGCCUUCAAGGAAUGGAAAAGAAUCAGCAGCAGAUACUGUCAUUCUUAGUGAUGGCCAUGCAAAACCCUGGGUUUUUAGUUCAGCUGCUUCAGCCAAAAGAAAAUAAUUGGCGCAUGGCUAAAGCGGCCAAUAUUCUUGAAGUGGGUACAGAGGAUGAUAGACCAUUAGCUUCUGAUGGGAUGAUAAUAAGGUACCAGCCACCAGUGGAUGAAACACCAGAACCUGUACAGAUACGAACCCCAGGUUCAGAAAAAAAACAAGAAAUUAAUCCUCCUCCUGAUGGGAUGAAAGAUUUUUUUCUGAAUGCUGAUUUUUUGAAAAUGCUUAUGGAUGAAAAAAUGUGUUCUUUAGAUAAUCAUGCUCCAUUUAUCCUACCAGAUUUACCUGAUGAUGGUUCAUGGGAACAGCUUCUUAUGGAUGAAAAAAAGUGUUCUUUAGAUAAUCAUGCCUCAUUUAUCCUACCGGAUUUACCGGAUGAUGGUUCAUGGGAACAGCUUCUUUUAGCCACCCCUUUUAUAAAAAAUACUGAAGACAGAAAGAUGGAUAGUGAAGAGCCUAUUGAUUCUGGGAUGGAGAUGGAAUCGACAGAGUCUGGAAGCCAGUGUGAAACAUCUGAAAAUUUUGAACUUUUGAUUAAAGAAAUGGAGAAAUCAAGUAAGUUGGGAAUGUAAUAAUCAGUUUAUAAGGCUUAGUUGGAGAAAUGGCAGCACUUUGAACUUCUAAUGAGCAAAUGGGACCUGUUUUGCGAGCUCUUCUAACACCCUUACUAUGUUAUUCAUCAUAAAAGCGUUCUACAACCAACUUUCUUACAGUACUCAUUAUCUGAUCAAAUGUAAGUUGGCUCUUGCUAUUUCUUUCUUUCACAAAGUAAAAUUUAAUGAAAAAUUCCUAAUCGCGAUUGAUGAGACUUA